CGAUCUCGGUCACAUUCUACGAUACAGUGGGAGAAACGCUUUCGCUUUCCAACCGAUUUCCGAGUCGCUAGUCCUCCUCCUGCUUCUUCAACCAGUCUUCAAGUCAACGUUGUCUCGGCAACGUUGGUAUCCGGAAUCCUUCAAUCUGUUUCUCUUCAACCAGGCCGGUACCCUCCUUUUAGCCUCAGCCUCGAUAUCCGCGUAUCUGGCGAUUUUUCUCUCGCGUGAACACCGCGUGAAAUGAUAUCCUGAGAGAUUCAACGAUUCAAUCGGGAGGAGAAAAUUGAUUGUCUCGUGACAGAGGAGAAAUUAUUCGAUGCCAGUUCCUGUUCAGUGGUUCUGAAUUCUAGUGUGGGAUCGAGUUCGUCAGAUAAAAACCUGUUUUACCGAGGGAAUACGCAUACGAAGCAAGAUGGAGGAAGAAGGAAGACAGGAUGCGAAUCGUGUCGAUUCGAGAUGGAAGGAUGUGCCUUAUCUAAAAAUAGGCAAUUUAAUUCUGAAGGCAGAUUUCGAUGAGGGCGACGAGUAUUUUAGGGAGAAGGCGAGGGACGAGCUGCGCGAGACGCCCGAGAUCGUCGAGCAAUCUUUAAAGGACUUGAGGACGAUGGUUAAAGCUGAAUCCAAUCUCGUCGUCCCGGAUGACGAUGAAUUUUACAAGAAAUUCCUGCGUCCUUGCAAAUGGUAUCCAAAGAAUAGUUUCGAGUUGAUGAAAAGAUAUUACAAAUUCAAGUUGAACAAUCCUCGCUUCUAUCUCGAUCUCACGCCCAGCAACGAGCAAAAAGUGCUACGCUCAGAUAUCGCGAUAUCGUUACCAGAUCGAACGGCAGACGGUUGCAGAAUAAUUUUAAUUAACACUGGGAAACGAUGGAAUCCAAAACUGAUAAGCGGCGAUGAAAUAUUUCGAUCGACGAUAUUGUUAAUAGAAAUGGCUAUAAACGAGCCGAAAACGCAGAUUUGCGGAAUCCACACGAUUAUAAAUAUGGCCGGGUUUUCAUUGAGCCAUAUCACACAUAUCACUCCGAGUUUCGCCGCGGCGGUAACCGAAUGGCUACAGAGAUGUUUACCCUCUCGAAUAAAGGGUAUACACAUAGUGAAUCAACCCUUCAUAUUCAAGAUGGUUUACGCUAUUUUUAAACCUUUUCUUCUGGAGAAGACACGUAAGAGGCUUCACUUUCACGGAACCGACAGGGAAGCUUUGGUCUCUAUCCUCGGAGUGAAAAAUUUACCUAUCGAGUUUGGCGGGGAACUCGAGAUGCCGAACGAGCCGAUCGGCCAACACAUCUAUGAAUACAUGCACAAAUUCGAGAAAAAAUUCAAAGAAGCCAAUAAAUUUGGAUAUAUUGUGAAUGAAAAAUGAUUGCUGAAUCGAUUUAAUAUACUACGAAGUAACCAGUUUCAAGGUAACGUUGUUGAUGAGAUCUCAAUCGGAUCGAAACAAGGGGUAAAAGGGUAAAAUCGAUGAUGAGAAUUCGAUAAAUCAUAAUUUGAGUAUCAAAUUGGAUUGUGGAAUAAAUGGAGGAAGAUCAGAGAUCCGAAUUCCGUUAUCGUUGCAACGGAUCGAUGAUCUUCAUUCUUGUGUGUGUGUGGGUAAUUUUUUUAUUUUAAAAAAUAAAAAUAAUAUCGAAAAAUAACGGUAUCAGCUUGUAUUUGUUUUUUUUUUCUUUUUUAUUAUUGAUAUAAUAAAAUAAAUUUUUCAAUUGACUUUGAGCGUAAUAAUAAUAAAUGAAACAUUAAAUACGUUAUCGUUCGAUUAAUUUUUUUUCGAUAAAUUCGUUAUAUUUAAUCCGCAAAAUUAUCACGUCACAUCGUGACGAUUGCAACAAUUAUUGAUCGUUUGUCACAUAAUUGAUUGAUUAUAAAGGAACGUUUUAACGAGAAAUAUUUUGAUUGAAAAAUAAUUGGAAUAAAAAUGUUUCACUUCAGGAAGAAAUAGUGGCAGAAUUUGAUGCAAUUAUAAUUACGUAUAACAGGAUCUUUUAA